AGCACCCGGUGUGAACUGUCACCAAUCAACGCCUCUCACCCAGUCCAGGCCUUGAUGGAGAGCUUCACCGUUCUGUCUGGCUGUGCCAGCAGAGGCACCACCGGGCUGCCAAGGGAGGUCCAUGUCCUAAACCUCCGAAGUACAGAUCAGGGACCAGGCCAGCGGCAGAGAGAGGUUACCCUGCACCUGAACCCCAUUGCCUCGGUGCACACUCACCACAAACCUAUUGUGUUCCUGCUCAACUCCCCCCAGCCCCUGGUGUGGCAUCUGAAGACGGAGAGACUGGCCGCUGGUGUCCCCAGACUCUUCCUGGUUUCGGAGGGUUCUGUGGUCCAGUUUCCAUCAGGAAACUUCUCCUUGACAGCAGAAACAGAGGAAAGGAAUUUCCCUCAAGAAAAUGAACAUCUGCUGCGCUGGGCCCAAAAGGAAUAUGGAGCAGUGACUUCAUUCACCGAACUCAAGAUAGCAAGAAACAUCUAUAUUAAAGUGGGAGAAGAUCAAGUGUUUCCUCCUACGUGUAACAUAGGGAAGAAUUUCCUCUCACUCAAUUACCUUGCCGAGUACCUUCAACCCAAAGCCGCCGAAGGUUGUGUCCUGCCCAGUCAGCCCCACGAAAAGGAAGUACACAUCAUUGAGUUAAUUACCCCCAGCUCGAACCCUUACAGCGCUUUCCAGGUGGAUAUAAUAGUUGACAUACGACCUGCUCAAGAGGAUCCCGAGGUGGUCAAAAACCUUGUCCUGAUCUUGAAGUGCAAAAAGUCUGUCAACUGGGUGAUCAAGUCUUUUGACGUCAAGGGAGACUUGAAAGUCAUUGCUCCCAACAGUAUUGGCUUUGGAAAAGAGAGUGAACGAUCCAUGACAAUGACCAAAUUGGUAAGAGAUGACAUCCCUUCCACCCAAGAGAAUCUGAUGAAGUGGGCACUGGACAAUGGCUACAGUCCAGUGACAUCAUACACAAUGGCUCCCGUGGCUAAUAGAUUUCAUCUUCGGCUUGAGAACAACGAGGAGAUGAGAGAUGAGGAAGUCCACACCAUUCCUCCUGAGCUUCGCAUCCUGCUGGACCCUGACCACCCGCCCGCCCUGGACAACCCACUCUUCCCAGGAGGGGGAAGCCCAAAUGGUGGUCUCCCCUUUCCAUUCCCGGAUAUCCCCAGGAGAGGCUGGAAGGAGGGAGAAGAUAGGAUCCCCCGGCCAAAGCAGCCCAUCAUUCCCAGUGUUCAACUGCUUCCUGACCACCGAGAACCAGAAGAAGUGCAAGGGGGCGUGGACAUCGCCCUGUCAGUCAAAUGUGACCAUGAAAAGAUGGUCGUGGCUGUAGACAAAGACUCUUUCCAGACCAAUGGCUACUCAGGGAUGGAGCUCACCCUGUUGGAUCCUUCGUGUAAAGCCAAAAUGAAUGGUACUCACUUUGUUCUUGAGUCUCCCCUGAAUGGCUGUGGUACUCGACAUCGGAGGUCGACCCCGGAUGGUGUGGUUUACUAUAACUCUAUUGUGGUGCAGGCUCCAUCCCCUGGGGAUAGCAGUGGCUGGCCUGAUGGCUAUGAAGACUUGGAGUCAGGCGAUAAUGGAUUUCCUGGAGACACGGAUGAAGGAGAAACUGCCCCCCUGAGCCGAGCUGGAAUGGUGGUGUUUAACUGCAGCUUGCGGCAGCUGAGGAAUCCCAGUGGCUUCCAGGGCCAGCUCGAUGGAAAUGCUACCUUCAACAUGGAGCUGUAUAACACAGACCUCUUUCUGGUGCCCUCCCCAGGGGUCUUCUCUGUGGCAGAGAACGAGCAUGUUUAUGUUGAGGUGUCUGUCACCAAGGCUGACCAAGAUCUGGGAUUUGCCAUCCAAACCUGCUUUCUCUCUCCAUACUCCAACCCAGACAGAAUGUCUGAUUACACCAUCAUCGAGAACAUCUGUCCGAAAGACGACUCUGUGAAGUUCUACAGCUCCAAGAGAGUGCACUUUCCCAUCCCGCACGCUGAGGUGGACAAGAAGCGCUUCAGCUUCCUGUUCAAGUCCGUGUUCAACACCUCCCUGCUCUUCCUGCACUGCGAGUUGACGCUGUGCUCCAGGAAGAAGGGCUCCCAGAAGCUGCCGAGGUGUGUGACUCCUGACGACGCCUGCACUUCUCUCGAUGCCACCAUGAUCUGGACCAUGAUGCAGAAUAAGAAGACAUUCACCAAGCCCCUGGCUGUGAUCCUCCAGGUAGACUAUAAAGAAAAUGUUCCCAGCACUAAGGAUUCCAGUCCAAUUCCUCCUCCUCCUCCACAGAUUUUCCAUGGCCUGGACACACUCACCGUGAUGGGCAUUGCGUUUGCAGCGUUUGUGAUCGGAGCGCUCCUGACGGGGGCCUUGUGGUACAUCUACUCCCACACAGGGGAGACGGCACGAAGGCAGCAAGUCCCUACCUCGCCGCCAGCCUCGGAGAACAGCAGUGCGGCCCACAGCAUUGGCAGCACUCAGAGCACCCCCUGCUCUAGCAGCAGCACAGCCUAGGUGGACAGACAGACACCCGCCCACCGCAGCCAGGGCAGGGCCCGAUGCCAGUGCUGCGUGUCCACACUCGGAAGUCUUGAUCUGGGCUCCCUGUAAAGAAAGAGUGAAUUUCAGUAUACAGACAGCCUGUUCUACCCACCCCUUACCACGGCCCACAUAAAUGUGACCCUGGGCAUCUGUCACACGAAAGCUAAGCUGGUGGCCUUCCCCACCAGCCCCUCGCAGGAUGGGGGUUUCAAUGUGAAACAUAUGCCAGUUUUGUUUUAUUUUUUUUAAUGCUGCUUUGUCCAGGUGUCCAAACAUCCGUCAUUGGGGUGGUCUGUUUUACAGAGUAAAGGAGGCGGUGAAGGGACGUCAGCUAGUGUGUAGAGCCAAGGGGAGAAAGCUAGGAUUCUCGCCUAGCUGAACCAAGGUGUAAAAUAGAAGACACGCUCCAUAUCCAGUCUCGCCCUGGAUGCCCUCUUCUGACCUGCCACACCCUACAUGGUCCCCUGUGUAGCUUGCUAGCCUUGGUGGGGAGGGGCUGUCACUUACCACCGCAACAUUCCUCUCUUGGGCCAAUGAACGCUAAUUCCUGGUCCUCCAUGCAUGCACACCAACUCCAAAAGUGCCUUAGUCAAGAGCAUUUCUCCUUUCAGGCACACAGAAACUGAAAACGGUCGAGAGAGUGGGAUAUCGGAUUUGUGCCUGUCUCCGGCAUUCCGUCCUAAUAAUAUUUAAAUAUCAGGCAGGUGGGGUUCGGUGGUCAGCGAGGGGAUUAGCAGGGUGAUGCCUGUGUGUGGCCAUAUGGGCACAAAUGCAGAACACAUUGUGGGGACGAUCACUUCCCCCUUAAAUAUGUUCUAUGCUUCCAGAGUCGGAACUUAAGUUAUAUGUGUUAGGCUAUAUUGACUCCAAAUUCAUCAGCCUCUCUGAUGGGCCUGUAUAAAAACCUGGAGAGGCCCAGGCCAUCUGAUGAUGUCACCUGUCCUGCCCCGAGGAUGCAGAGACUGGGAGAAGGGCGCUGACUUUAAAAAGGGUUUCAGGUGAACUUCUUCAGCAGAAUAAGGCGAUGCCACUCUGACAGUUACUGAGUUCAGUGACACCUCUGUGUUAGAACCCCAGAGGGGAUUCUCCAUCCCAGAUCCACUGCAAAUUAAAUACUAAUAUUGAUUUUCCAGAAUCCCA